AUGCCAGGGUGGUCGGACAAGGUGAGGAAGAGAAGAGAGUGUGCGAGAGUGAGUAAGAGGCACUGCAUUGAGUCAAGCGGUGCUGCAGCUGGUGGUGGAGUACUGCCGCUACCACAGCGUGCCAGGGUGGUCGGACAAGAGCCUGUGCAAGCUUAUAGCUGCGCCUCUCCCCAUCCUCCCCAACCCCUCCUCUCCCGUUGCAACCCCCUUGUCUCCCCCCUUUUCCCCCCUUCACAGGAGCGGAGGCUGUUCGACGAGAAAUUCGUGCGUGUGGAUCCGAGGAGGCUGUGUGAGCUGACGUCAGCGGCGGAUGUGCUUCAAAUGAAGCCGCUAGUGGACCUCACUAGCAGGGCACUGGCGCGGCUGAUAGAGGGCAAGUCUCCCGAGGAGAUCAGAGAGACGUUUCAUCUGCCAGAUGACUUGACAGAGCCCCUGGUGGACCUCACGAGCCGGGCGCUGGCACGGCUGAUAGAGGGCAAGUCGCCCGAAGAGAUCAGAGAGACGUUUCAUUUACCGGAUGACCUUACAGAGGCGCUGCCGCGGCUGAUAGAGGGCAAGUCGCCUGAGGAGAUCAGAGAGACGUUCCACCUUCCAGAUGACCUUACAGAGGUGGGUGGGGUAAGAGGUGGGGGAAGUGGGGGGACAGUCAACCUCACCACCCAUGUGGUGGCGCGGUUAAUAGAGGGCAAGUCGCCCGAGGAGAUCAGAGAGACGUUCCACCUUCCAGAUGACCUUACAGAGGAGGAGAAGCUGGAGCCGGAGGAGAAGCUGGAGCCGGAGGAGAAGCUGGAGCCGGAGGAGAAGCUGGAGCCGGUGCGGAGCGGCACAGACGAUCCGCGCAUUCGGCUGUUGAACCGCCUUUAUGCAAAGAAGAGGAAGGACCUCCUGAGGAAGAAGCAGGAGGACGGGAAUGAGGAAGAGCAAGGAAAAGGAAAAGGAGGAGGGAAGGCUCUAAGCAAGGAGCGCACACACUCGACGAGUCACCCUCAAGAGGACGGGAACGAGGAAGAGCAUGGAAAAGGAAAAGGAGGAGGGAAGGCUCUAAGCAAUGAGCACACACACUCGACGAGUCACCAUCAAGAAGACGAAAGCGAGGAGGAGCAAGGAAGGGGAGGGAGGUCUCACGGUGGCGAGAGGAGAAGCAGAGAGAAGGAGGCAGGGAAGGGAGGGGAGAAGGAGAUGGAGCGGAAGGGCAGGGAGAGUGGAGGGUUGAGGGAGGCGAUGCACAGGCACCACCACAAGGAGCGAUUGGUGGAUGAGCGAUCAGUAGACGACCUUCUGUCAUUCAUUGAUGGGGGAGAGAACAAUGGCAAAGGCAAAUCAGGGAGGAAGAAGAAGAGCCGGAAGAAGCCGGAGAAAACGAAGUCCCCUCGUCUUCCGGAUUCGGACAAAAACUGCCAUCCAGCCUCGGGAGACGGUGCCAUUCAAGACAGAAUCUCCAGAGGGAAGGAGAGUGGGGUGGAGGAAGCAGGAUCGGAGGGAGAGGAGGGGGGAGAUGGUAAAGAGGGAGGGGAAACGGGGGAAGAGGGUAACGCUCGAAGGGAAGGGGGAGAAGGUAAAGACGGAGGGCAUGUGGUGGUUGCUGAUGGGGUGAUGGAAGUUGGUGGUGGGAGUUCGCUCGAGGCUGGCAGAAGUGGUGGGGAUGGCGCAUGGCUUGACCACAGAGGUAGGAAGGUGGGCGACGUGGGAUUGGGGAGAGCAGGCGAAGGGAGGGAAGUAGCAUUUGCAGCAGCAGCAGCAGCAGCAGCAGAAGCAGAAGCAGUGGUGCCAUCGUCAGUAGCAGGAGGAGGAGGACGAGGAGGAGGAACAGUAGACGAGAGAAGCAGUGCAGUUGGAGUGGGAGAAGCAGCAAGAGAAGAAGAGGCGGUGUGCACUGCUGCGCAAGAGAGGGGAGGAGAGGUGGCGAAAAGGGUCAAGACUCCACGACAGGCUAAGAAGGUGGCAAUAGAGGAACAAGAGGAGGGAAAGAUGGUAAAGGAAGGGACUGGGCAAGUUCAAGCAAGAGAGGGAGCAGGGGAGGGUAAAGGCAGAGAAGGAGGGGUGGAGGAGAAGGUUAGAAGGCACAGCAAGCAGGAGAAGACAGGAAAGCUGACUCCUCGGCGCAGAACAGCAGCAGCACUGGCUGAAUCAGCACAGGCAGAUGCAGCCCAGGCAGCUGGGGCUGCUGCAUCAAUCUGUGAUAGCACCAGGGUGGCAUAUUCGAGAGGUGUUGGUCAAAUUGGUGAGCGUGCAGAGCUCGUGAAAGACACUUUAGCAGGAGUUGCAGCAGAGGGUGCAGCAGAAGCUGCGACGGCAGUCACAGCACAAGUGUCUGAGCUUGCAUACGGCUCUGCAGGAUUGGGAGUCCAUCCCCGCAGCAUGAGAGGCAGUCCCCUCUGCCGCAUCUCCCCCCGUCCCUCUACUCCCCUCCCCAGCUGUCCUUCUUUGACCUGCCUCUCCACCUCGCCCACCAACACCACCAGCCCUGUAUGUGUUCUGAGUUGA